GCUGCAGAUCUUCUGUGCUCCAUCGUUUGAUGAUAAGAUCCUGGAGGUGGUGGCUGUGUUCGGGAGCAUGCAGAUGGCCGUAUCCAGAGUCAUCAAGCUGCAGCAUCACCGCAUAGCGCAGUGUCGGACGGUGAAGAUCACCAUCCUGGGAGAUGAAGGUGUCCCCAUCCAGGUGGACGGGGAGGCCUGGAUCCAGCCGCCUGGCGUCAUCAAGAUCCAGCACAAGAACAGAGCGCAGAUGCUGACGAGGGACCGGGCGUUUGAGAACACAUUAAAGUCAUGGGAGGACAAGCUGAAGUACGACAAGCCCCCCCUACGGCCCCACCUCUACCCACAGCAGUCUGUGGAUCUGGCCACGGAGGAGGAGAACGCCAUCAUGCAAAUGUGCGCCCGUGCUGCGGAAGAACUCAUCACGAGGAUAUGCGAAGCCGCAAAAACCAACGGGCUUUUAGAGCAGGAGCUGGCUCACGCUGUCAACGCUGCUUCUCACGCCAUCAACAAAAUGCACCCGAAAUUCCCCGAGAGCCUGACCAGGAACACGGCCAUCGAGGUGGCGAGCACCGUCAAGGCGCUUUACAACGAGACCGAGUCUCUCCUGCUGGGACGCGUCUCUCUGCAACUGGACCCACCAGAGGAGGAGCAGCUGUCCAGCGCUCUGCAGAGCCUGGAUGUUGAACUGGGCAAACUGGGAGAAAUCCCCUGGCUGUACCACAUCCUGCAGCCCAACGACGAGGAGGUAAGAAGGCUCAGCUGAUCAGCGACCAGACCUGCCUGCUCAUAAGCACAGGGCCGGAAACGCAGACAGCACCCAGA